AUGACGGCGACGAGUCCGGAUGCGAAGAGGGUGAAAAGGGAGGGGGAUGAGGGGGAUGAGGUGAAGAAUACGCAAGGGGAAUGGAAGAGAGAGGAUAAGGAAGAGGUGGUGGUGAAGAAGGAAGAUGUAGAUGCAGAUGGAGAUGCGCAGGAUGAUUUGGAUGCGCUGGAGGGUUGGAGAGAUUCUGAAAUCGACAGGAUAUUAAAAGCUUUUCGUUUAGAUGCCUACGCAGUCCUCGACCUCCAACCCGGUGUCGGCGAAUCAGAUAUCAAAAAAUGUUACCGUGUAAAAUCCCUCUUGAUCCAUCCGGAUAAAACGCGCAAUCCCCUCGCCCCAGAUGCGUUCGAUCGGUUAAAAAAAGCACAAACAGAGUUAAUGGAUGAGAAACAUCGUGAAAGAUUAGACGAAGCGAUUGCCGAUGCGCGAAUGCUGGUGAUGCGCGAAAAGGGAUUGAAUAGAGAUAGUGCGGAGGUGAAGGAACCGAGUGAGGAGUUUAGGAGGGAGUGGAGAGAGAAAACAAAAUUUGUGUUGAUUGAGAAUGAGCAGAGGAGGAGGAGACAGGUGAAGGCGCAAAUGCAGGAGGAGGGAAGGGAACAAAAGAGAGUGGAGGAGGAGAGGGAGGAGAGGAAGAGAAAGAGGGAUAGUGAGGUUAAGUGGGAGGAGAGUAGGGAGGAGAGAAUUGGAAGUUGGAGGGAAUUUGCAAAGAAAGGGGGUGGAGCGGGGGGUGGGGAGAAGAAGAAAAAGAAGAAGGUCAAGCCUUUGGGUUAG